CUGAUGAAGAAUUUGAUGAACUGUGUUUUGAAUUUGGCCUGGAACUCGAUGAAAUUACUUCUGAGAAGGAAAUAAUAAGUAAGGAACAAGGCAAUGUCAAGGCACAGGGGGCCUCCGAUGUUGUUCUUUACAAAAUUGAUGUCCCUGCCAAUAGAUACGAUCUCCUAUGUCUGGAAGGAUUGGUUCGAGGACUUCAGGUUUUCAAAGAAAGGAUAAAAGCUCCAGUGUAUAAACGGGUUAUGCCUAGUGGAGAAAUCCAGAAAUUGGUUAUGACAGAACAGACAGCUAAAGUACGUCCUUUUGCAGUAGCAGCAGUUCUCCGAAAUAUAAAGUUUACUAAAGAUCGAUAUGACAGCUUCAUCGAACUUCAAGAGAAGUUACAUCAGAAUAUUUGCAGGAAAAGAGCCUUGGUUGCUAUUGGUACUCAUGAUUUGGACACUGUGUCAGGGCCAUUCACUUACACUGCAAAGCGUCCUUCAGACAUCAAAUUCAGACCCUUAAAUAAGACCAAGGAAUAUACAGCUUGUGAACUGAUGAACAUAUAUAAGACUGACAACCAUCUUAAACAUUAUUUACAUAUCAUAGAGAGUAAACCCUUGUACCCAGUUAUCUAUGAUAGUAAUGGAGUCGUUCUUUCAAUGCCUCCAAUCAUCAAUGGGAAUCAUUCUAAAAUAACAGUAAAUACUCGAAAUGUAUUUAUCGAAUGCACAGGAACUGACUUUACUAAGGCAAAAAUUGUUCUUGAUAUUAUUGUCACCAUGUUCAGUGAAUAUUGUGAGAAUCAGUUUACGGCUGAAGCAGCUGAGGUAGUUUUUCCCAAUGGAAAAUCAUAUAUCUUUCCAGAACUGCCUUACCGAAAGGAGAUGGUGAGAGCUGAUCUAAUUAACAAAAAAGUUGGAAUCAGAGAAACUCCAGAAAAUCUUGCCAAGCUUCUGACCAGGAUGUAUUUAAAGUCCGAAGUCAUAGGCGAUGGGAAUCAGAUUGAGAUUGAAAUCCCUCCGACCAGAGCUGACAUUAUGCAUGCCUGUGAUAUUGUAGAAGAUGCAGCUAUUGCUUAUGGAUAUAACAACAUUCAGAUGACUCUCCCGAAAACAUACACCAUAGCUAAUCAACUUCCACUUAAUAAGCUUACGGAACUUCUCAGACAUGACAUGGCAGCGGCUGGAUUCACUGAAGCACUUACUUUUGCUCUGUGUUCUCAAGAGGACAUUGCUGAUAAACUUGGUUUGGAUAUCUCUGCAACAAAGGCAGUCCACAUAAGUAACCCGAAAACAGCGGAAUUCCAGGUGGCACGCACUACCCUUCUUCCAGGCCUGUUAAAGACCAUAGCAGCAAAUAGGAAGAUGCCCCUUCCUCUGAAACUGUUUGAAAUCUCUGACAUUGUAAUAAAAGACUCUAGCAGAGAUGUAGGUGCAAAAAACUGCAGGCAUCUCUGUGCCGUGUACUACAACAAGAACCCCGGGUUUGAGAUAAUCCACGGGCUGUUGGACAGAAUUAUGCAGCUGCUCGAUGUGCCUCCCGGACAAGGGAAGGGCGGCUACGUGAUCAAGGCAGCAGAUGGCCCUGCUUUCUUCCCCGGGCGCUGUGCUGAGAUCUUUGCCAGGGGUCAGAGCGUUGGGAAGCUCGGAGUCCUUCAUCCUGACGUCAUCACCAAAUUUGAGCUGACCAUGCCUUGUUCCUCUCUGGAAAUCAAUAUCGAGCCCUUUCUGUGAAGAUGAUCUUCUGUCUGCCAUCCCUUCCCGAGUGCCCCUCUCUCCUCCCCUGGUAGCCUUUAGUCACUCCUCCACCGGGAGCAGCCAUUUGUGCUUUAAUGUUUAAUAAAGUAAAAAGCACUGAC